AUGUCGUCGAAGAAAUCGAAGACGAGAAACGAGGCAAGUAGUAGCCGUGGUGGCAUCGGUGAAGAGAGUAUAGUCGCUGAUUGUGGACGUAAUAGUUCCAGUUGCGGUUACUGUAAAUCCCCGACUCGCUCCAGCAUCACUCACGGUUUAUGGACGGAGUCUCUCACCGUUAGUGACUACCAAGCUCUUCUUGACCGAGGAUGGAGACGAUCUGGCUGCUACAUUUACAAACCUGAGAUGGAUCAAACAUGUUGCCCUUCUUAUACUAUCCGCUUGAAAGCAAGUGACUUUGUUCCUUCUAAGGAGCAGCAGCGAGUGCGUAGAAGACUAGAAAGGUUCUUGGAUGGCGAAUUAGAUGCGAGGCCGAGAGAGCGAACAGAAGAUUCAGAUGUUUCUUUCUCGGGAGAAGUUUCAGAGUCGGUGAGAAAAUCACCUGGAGCUGCCAAAAGAGAACAAAAUGAUGAAGUGGAGCCAAUCAUGAAAGAAUUGUCUGAACAAAUUGAUAGUGCAGUGCAGAGAUGCAUACAAAGUGGGGAGUUUCCUUCUAAUAUUCAGGUUCUCAAAGCUUCGGUCAAGAAAGUGCUCUCUACUAAAAGGAAGAAGCUAGCUGAAGGGUCAGAGGAACUCUUGUACACCAGCAACAUUGCUUUUCCGAUAGCAGCUGCUAUAAAACACGGAAAGACAUCUGAGAAAGGCGAGAAAAACAACGCAGAAGAAAACAGAUUAUCACCAGAGUCAGUUUCUGAGAAGUUGUUAAGUGAAAUGAGAAAGGUGAGAGAAUUCUCUGGCUUGUCUAUUAAGGUCUCUAAAGGCCAUAUCAACUUUCUUUCAGCUACCCAAGUUACUUCCGCAGAUAGAGAUGAAGGUGAAAGCCUCUGUGCUACAAGAACAAAGCCUUCUUCGAGCGACCUUCAGGUGAGAAAGAGGAAGCUGGAGAUGCAUUUGAAAAGGUCGAGUUUUGAUCCAGAGGAAUAUGAUUUAUACAAACGUUAUCAAAUAAGAGUGCAUGACGACGAGCCGGAGAGCGUCUCAGAAACUUCAUACAAAAGGUUUUUGGUUAACACUCCGUUGAUACAAGUUCCACCUUCAGGUUCUGAUGCUGAAGAAAAGGUUCCUCCCUGUGGCUUCGGUUCUUUCCAUCAGCAAUACCGAGUUGAUGGCCGUCUGGUUGCUGUCGGAGUAAUCGACAUUCUUCCUAAAUGUCUGUCGAGUAAAUACCUAUUCUGGGAUCCGGAUUUCGCAUCCUUGUCUCUUGGAAACUACUCAGCACUGCAAGAAAUCGAUUGGGUAAGACAAAACCAAGCUCAUUGCUCUACACUUGAGUAUUACUAUCUUGGCUAUUACAUACAUUCUUGCAACAAGAUGAGAUAUAAAGCAGCCUAUCGUCCUUCCGAGCUUCUAUGUCCUCUCCGUUACCAAUGGGUUCCAUUCGAAACAGCUAAGCCUCUGCUUGAUAAAAAGCCAUAUUCUGUCUUGUCAUCACCUAAAGCUUCUGAACCCGUAGCGGAAUCCACUAGUGAACGUGAAGACAUGGAACAAAGGGACACAAAUGAUGAUGAUGGUGAAGAAAUGAAUAACUCUGAUGAAGAAUUAGACUCUAGCGUAAGCGGCAGUGACAUUGCCAAUGUCCUUAUCAGUCUUAAUGGACCUCGAGUUCGAUUCAAGGAUUUGCCACGGAUCAAUAAUCUGGCAGUUCGUAAACAAUUGGGAUCGAUGUUGAUUAAGUACAGAAAAGUCGUGGGAGCUGAGCUCUCGGAGAGAAUGGUGUAUGAGCUUCGGUAA